AUGGCGCGGCCGCGCACGCCGCCGGAGCUCAUCGACGACGUCGUCGGGCAGAUCCUCCUCCGCAUCCCGCCAGGCGAAUCCGCGUACCUCGUCCGCGCCUCCAGGGUAUGCAAGCUAUGGCGCCGCAUCCUCUCCGACCCCGACUUCACCCGCCGCUACCGCGCAUUCCACCAAACGCCGCCGCUGCUCGGCUUCCUCCAGAACUCCGACUGCGGUGACCGCCUAUUCUACCCCAACAUGGCAGCCUGCCCGUUCCCCCAGUCGGCGUUCGAUUGCAGCCGUUGGUGGGCUGUCGACUGCCGCCACGGCCGCGUCCUCCUCCAACUUAGAGAUACGAGGAAACUCAUUGUCUGGGAUCCUAUCACCGGUGGCCGAGAGGAGCUGCCCGAGCCCCGCAUCCCACACGGGAUGUUCCGCUUCCACAGCAGCAUGAUGGUGCUCUGCGCGGCGGCCGGCUGCCAUCACCGGAACUGCCUGGGUGGUCCUUUCCUCGUCGUCCUCGUGUACCCCCAGGGAAGCUCGGUGCACGGCUGCGUGUACUCAUCCAAGGCUCGUGCCUGGGGGACGCCGGUCUCUGUAAACAUAGGCAACGGUGGCUACUACAUCUCUGCCAGUGCCAAACGUGGUGCCCUCGUCGAGGAUAAUGCCUACUUCACCCUGCACAAGAUUGUCUUUGGAGGUCUUGACGGGUUCACCCUGCCCACGUGCAAGGCUUCCAAAAUUCUGAAGUACGAUUUGGGCAAGAAUUUCUUAUCUGUUAUCGACCUGGACCUGACACUAGAAAUAGAUACAAGCGUUCUACUAGCAAUUCAUUACCAUUGCCAGCAGAAAAUUAACCACUCCUGA